AUGAGUAAUUUUAUUUCCUUAUUAAGAUCAAUAGAUUUUUUUGGAGCUCCCUUAGUCUAACAUAUUGAUAGAGAAUAAUCAAUUUAUAAAAGCAUUUUUGGUGGAAUUAUGACAUUGUUGAUUUGCUCAGCUAGUCUUUCAUAUGCUAUCUGGGUUAUUUAUUUAUGGUAAACAAAUUAAUAUAGCCCUAAAAUUUCAAGUUCUGUCUACGUUUCAAAUUUUGAACUUUUAGAUUUGAACUAUGAUGUUUUAAAAGUUUAUUAUUACAAAUAUGAAGAAAAUUUAAUAGAUCCUUUUGAAGCUAAUGUUUUACUUCCAAUGAUAAUUUAUACAGAUAAUUUUAAAUUAACUGACAAAAAAAGAUUAGAUUUUUCUAAUUAAACAACAUACUAUGGAAAUAAAUUCAUAAUUCCUGAAAUGAAAUUAGGAUUCACAGAUAUUGAUGGUUAAUUAAUAACAUCAUCUGAAAUGUACAUUUUAAUAAUUAAAUGUAAACCUGAGCUUUUAAGAGAAGGAGAAUAAUGUGCAUCUGAGGAAACAAGUAAUUAAUUUUUUAGUUAAUCUCAGAAUAUUAUUUCAUUGCAAGUAUAAUAUAAGCAAUUAGAUUCAAAAGAUGGAUCUAUUUAAUCAAGUUUUUAAGAAUUUUAUGUUUAAUUAGAAUAGCACAGUUGUUAUACUUUAAAUACUUACUUACAAAGUAAUUUUUAUGAAGUCAAAGAUUCAUUUCUUUUUGGGUCUUCAAAAUAUUAUGAAUUUUUUAAUGGAGCUUUGAUUUAGCCAUAAACAAAUUCAGUUUAAUAUUGCCAUUAAUUUUAUGAAGAAGAAACUUAUGCAUCUCUUUAUAUAGUUAUGAAAGGAGAUUAAGUAAAAACGAUUUUUGAAUAUCCAAAUGCAGGUGAUUUACUAGCUAAUAUAGGUUCAAUUAUCUCAGUUUUAUUUUUAUUUAGACAUAUUAUACUAUUUUUAAACUCCUACUAUUUAAAUGAAAAAAUAAUUCAUGAUGUCAUUUCCUUUUAUUAUCCUUAAUUUUCUUAGAUAAAGAUUUACAAAAAUUGGAAAAGAGAUAUUACUAAAGUAGUCUUACAUAAUUAAUAGCUCGAAUUAAAUAAAUUCCUGGAAUUUUAUUAAAAUAUUAAAUAAAAAAUUGAAUACAAACUAACUUUUAUUAAUAUGUUUUAUGAAAUUUCGAGGCUUUAUAUUUUGAUAAGAUCUAAUAAAUUUUAAGAUGAAAUUAAAAAAUGUCACCUUGUAGGAUUGAAAUUAGAACAUCUCAAAUCAUAAAGUGUUGUUUUUGAUUCAUUCUUCUGCCCCUCUAAGCAAAUAGAAGAAUUGACGCUUAAUGAUGAUGAUAUUAAAAUUCUCUCCCUCCAAGAAAGGCAAAAAUUUGGUAAAAUGGAGAUUACUGAUGAAGAGAUUAAUUUGAUGAAUUUUUAUGAUAUAAAUAAAAUUUAAUUAUGA